AUGGGAUAGUUUUUAGGGCAUUUACAAAAUGCAUAACCUCCCUAAUCAAAUCCAUUACUUAAUAACUCAAUAUCAAAAUUACGUGAGUAUCAUGGGUCUUUUCAAUCUGUUUGCGAUACAUUUAGUAUAGAUUUGACAGAGUUCGAAUAGAUAUUCGGAAGCAAUGAGACAAUGUUUUAAAUAUGGGAUACAGAUAACAAUGGAUUGAUCAAUGCAUUGGAAUUGUUUUCAGGUUUGAUCAUAUUUGCAGAGAGUAAUUUCGAGGAAAAGGCGCGAUUUUUAUUUGAUCUAUUUGAUUUCAAUGAAUUGAAUUCUUUGAGUUUAAUUGAUUUGGAUUUUAUGUUGUUGUCAUGUGCAAAUGCAACCUUCAAAAUAAUGCAAAUAAAUAAUGAGGUAAAUGAGGAAGAAAUCUCGGAUUUCUUAAGUAAUUUUUUUUCGGACAAUCAAAGAGUAAACAUAAGUUAGUUUUUGAAAUGGUGUGUGAAGACGGACGAAAUUCGACAAUUCCUCUAAUUAAUCAAGAAGGAAGCUCCAGAAUUAAAAGUAACAGCCUAGACAGAGUAGCUCAGCCAGAAGAUAGAUGUUCUAAGAUAAGUGUUCAGCAAGGAGUUUGGUAAAAAACUCUUAUUGCCAGAUUCCAAGCGUCCCUACUUUGAUCAGAGAGGUCUUGGGUCAAUUUUAUCAUCCAAGGCAUACCAUUCAAAGAUCUAAUGGAUAAGCAGUUUGGCUAAAAAGGUGUAUGCUCCUUAGCCACAAGUAUUUUAGAAAGACGUCUAUGCUAAAAUGAAUUGGGUUUAUGGAUUUAGAGGCAAGGACAUGCAAUCUAACACUGAUACGGCAUUAAAUGAGAAGAUGAUAUUCUUUACAGCCUGUAUAAUAAUAGUGUAUUACCCAAAAAUAAAUGAGCAACGCCAUUAUUUAGAACACGAGAGUGAAGUGAUAAGUGUGGCAGUGGCCAAUAAUCUGAGUCUGAUGGCCAGUGGAGAAUACGCUGAGUAACCAGCUAUUCACAUAUGGGAUAACAAUACAUUGCAUAAUAUUGGAGUGAUAAAGGGUGUUCAUUAGAAGGGUGUUCAUUUGUUGACCUUCUUUGGUAAUGAUGAGUUGUUAGCAUCAUGUGGAAUAAGAGUGGCUUCUCCCAUUUUGAUUUAUAAUAUUAAGGAUUUCACAUUGGUGCUAUCAACAUAGGUGAAUGAAUUUGCAGUGGAUUUAUUGACCAUAAAGAACUUUAUUGGAUCAUUUGGAGGUGCUCAAUAUCGAUAGCAAUAAAUAAAUCAACAGAGUUUAUUGAAUCCAUUCAAGAAGUACGAGAACUCUUUUGUGGUGUGUACAAUUUACCAGAUUAUUCAAUUUCAAUAUUACGAUGGACAUUUUUUAACUAAAGAAAUUCAGUUGGAGGAAUAUAAUUUGACAUCACCUCUAACUUGUGCAACUGCUCUAAGAAUAUAUUCUAGAGAUCCCUAUUUAAAGGCUUAUCAGGCUGAGGAGGGAGAAGCCAUAGUGAUAAUAUCAGGACAUUAGAAUGGAGCGGUGAUUUUGUGGGAGAACUUUGAGAGGAUGGAUUUGAUGACCACAUAUAAGGAUCAGAUAGUGUGCAUAACCAGUUAUCAAUUUGGGAUAAUAAUUGGGACGGAUGCCAGUACUAUCCAUUUGUGGGAUUUCAAAUUCAAGAAUAAUAUAAAGAAUAUAGAUUUGACAGCAUUUAGUUUCAAAUUGUUUAGUUAUGUUAUAAGUGACAUAGUGGUGGCAGGUGAUAAAUUAUUGGUGGCUUCAACAGAAGGAGAUGUAGUGGAGAUCUUUUUACAACAGAAACAAGAACACUCUAGCAAUUCAUUUGUGAAUAAAUUAAGAGCAAAUAGGAUCAAUUAUAUCAUUCAAUUGAGUGGAACCUUGUAGGCAUUGUGUAUAUUGGAGAGACCAGACAGUGACGACAAAUUGGUAUUUUGUGCAGGAUCAUAAUCAACAGUGUAUGGAUUCUCAUUGGAGACUCAUGAAAUUGUGGAUGUGUGGACUAUUGGAGAUUAGAUAUCAUCGAUGGAUUGUAUUAAUUUUGAAGAUGGAGGAGCAGUGUUUGCAUUAG